GCGGCGGCAGCGGCGGGGGUGGCAGCGCGCGGCCGCCCCGCAGGGCCGCGGCAUGGGACGGGUGCAGCUCUUCGAGGUCCGCCUGAGCCACGGCCGCGUCGUCUACAGCCCGGGGGAGCCGCUGGCGGGGGCCGUGCGCGUGCGCCUGGCGGCGCCGCUGCCCUUCCGAGCUAUCCGGGUGACCUGCACGGGGUCCUGCAAGGUCUCCAACAAGGCCAAUGACACAGCGUGGGUGGUGGAGGAAGGCUACUUCAACAGCGCUCUGUCCCUGGCCGACAAGGGGAGCCUGCCUGCUGGAGAGCACAGCUUCCCCUUCCAGUUCCUGCUUCCUGCCACAGCUCCCACGUCCUUUGAGGGCCCUUUUGGGAAGAUUGUGCACCAGGUACGGGCCACCAUCGACACACCACGUUUUUCCAAGGAUCACCAGUGCAGCUGCGUGUUCUACAUCUUGAGCCCCCUGAACCUGAAUAGCAUCCCAGACAUCGAGCAACCCAAUGUGGCCUCCACCACCAAGAAGUUCUCCUACAAGCUGGUGAAGACAGGCAGCGUAGUCCUCACCGCCAGCACCGACCUCCGAGGCUACGUGGUGGGGCAGGUGCUGCGGCUGCAGGCUGACAUUGAGAACCAGUCAGGCAAGGACACCAGCCCUGUGGUGGCCAGUCUGCUGCAGAAAGUGUCCUACAAGGCCAAGCGCUGGAUUUAUGACGUGCGGACCAUCGCCGAGGUGGAGGGGGCCGGCGUCAAGGCCUGGAGGCGGGCUCAGUGGCAAGAGCAGAUCCUGGUGCCUGCCCUGCCCCAGUCUGCCCUGCCGGGCUGCAGCCUCAUCCACGUGGAUUACUACCUGCAGGUCUCCCUGAAGACGCCGGAAGCCAUCGUGACGCUCCCGGUCUUCAUCGGCAACAUCGCUGUGAACCAUGUCCCACUGAGCCCCCAGCCAGGCCAAGGCCUGGUGGUGCCCUCAGCGCCACCCCAGGAGGAGGCGGAGGCUGUGGCUGGUGGCCCCCACUUUUUCUCGGACCCUGUCUCCCUCUCCACCAAGAGCCACUCACAGCAGCAGCAGCCGCCUGCAGCCCUCGGCUCUGUGCCUGGCGCCCCUGAACCCCAUCCUCAGGAUGGCAGCCCUGCCCCCCACCCGUUGCCCCCUCCCUUGUGCAUCUCCACAGGUGCCACCGUGCCCUACUUUGCAGAGGGUUCUGGAGGGCCGGUGCCCACGACCAGUACCUUGAUCCUCCCCCCUGAGUAUAGCUCGUGGGGCUACCCCUAUGGUGAGUGGGGGCCUGGGGCCUGGCAGGGAGGGGGAGACACGGGCCCCAUGCAGACCUGGCUUUCUCCCUGCAGAGGCCCCGCCAUCCUAUGAGCAGAGCUGUGGUGGUGUGGACCCUGGCCUGACCCCAGGGAGCUGACCCCAUGUUGCCUUCUCCGGACGGACGGACCUAUGCCCUGGGACUAGGCUCCCAGGGCCUCGUGCCUUCGCUCCCGGCCUGGCCCGGCCCACUCAGGACCCGCCGCUGCCCGCCGUUCCUUGCGGCCUCUGCCUCCGGACCAGCCUCUGCCCUGACCAGCCUCUGCAGCCCCCCUGUAGUCGGCCUCUCCCCGGGGGUUGGGGCCUAGAGAGACUUGGUGUAAAUAAAACGCUUCAUUUGUA